GAGCGGAGCUGUAAGGGAAGCAAGCUGUGUAUAUAAAGCUCCUCUGUUUACAAGCCUCACAACCAACUCCCUUGUCCGUAGAUGCUUUCUUUGUUCCUGAAGAUUAAAAUAUAUUUUUCUUCUUCCCUUUUUAAUCUCAACAAAUAACGCGAGAGGGAGCAGAUCUGUCUUGUAUUUUUAUGACUCUAUUGUGUAUGAUUUAGUGUUACCAUUAGCACCACUGGUCAUCACCCUGAGAAUACAAAGAAGUCGACGACCCUCAGCUGUCAAGACACUGUGUAAGGAACAGGCUGUGUCACUCUCAGCACAUUCUCGCUGGCAGCUGGGAAAGCAGCACCACCAUCAGUCUUGCUGGGUCCUAUUCACAGUAGUGUCACAAAGCAGCCUGUGCAAUACAAGGGACACUACGGAUUCAGGUCCCCCAUGGUGCACUGCUUACUGUCCCAGGGGGAAGUGGUAAAAGGGAGGAGUCCCUAAACCUAAAGAUAAUAUACAGCAACAUUAAUGUGUAUUGUACUGGAUGGUUGCCAGCAUCUGUAUUUGUAAGGAGUUCUGGAGUCCGGAAUCCCAUGUGUGUUAAAUGCUUCAAGAAAUCUACACCAGCAUUUUGCCUCAGAUAUAUGCCAGUAUUUGCCUGGGAUCAGCCAUUCUUUGAUAAAGUGGAAUAAAUAGUACAUGGAUCCAUAUGCUAUCUUUUUAAAUAAAUACAAAAUUACUACAGAGUUGUCUUGGAUGUUAUACCCCUUGCAAGCUGGAAUCUGCACUUGUCUUAUGCCCCCUUUGGGCACGCUUUGAUCUAAGGAUACAAAAAGGAAUGCAAUUUAUUUGAGCAUCUUUUGAACUUGAAAUAAAUAUACAUUUAUUGCAUAAUACAUUUUUUAAAAGGAAUUUAUAAUUUUAUAGUGGUACAAGAUAAAUGGGUUUGAAUCUAAUCAUUUUAAAGGAAAAAAAAAUCUCUUAUACAAAGUCACAAAUAAUGAUUGAUUUUAAUUUUUUCUUUUGGGAAUAGUACAUGGUGUUGAUAAUGUGAAACAACAAAACCACAGCCUGUCCAUCAUUUGCUUGGUAAACCAGUGGUAUCUGUAAAUAUUACACAGCAUUGAGUGUGUAAAGUAGCAUCCUAUGACAGGGAAUCACAUGAUGGUAGCACCACUUUUGGUGGGCAAGUUUAACUUUUUAAUGAAGAAAGGCUUCACGUUAAGUUUUGUGUUGUAAAAGAGGAGCAGUCAAAAUUCCGGAGUGGGGUGCACCAGUGGGCACUGAAUGAGCAUCCUGAGACUGCAGCUUAAGAAUGGAGGUGGUGGGAGAUUUUGAGUACAGCAGGAAGGAUCUCAUUGGACAUGGGGCCUUUGCUGUGGUCUUCAAAGGUCGUCAUAGGAAGAAAACAGACUGGGAAGUGGCCAUCAAAAGCAUCAAUAAAAAAAACCUGUCGAAAUCACAGAUCCUGCUUGGCAAAGAAAUAAAGAUUCUGAAGGAGCUGCAGCAUGAAAACAUUGUGGCCCUUUAUGAUGUCCAGGAACUGCCCAAUUCUGUUUUCUUGGUUAUGGAGUAUUGUAAUGGUGGAGACCUGGCGGAUUAUUUGCAAGCCAAAGGAACAUUAAGUGAAGACACCAUCCGUGUGUUUUUGCAGCAGAUUGCUGCUGCGAUGCGAGUUCUGCACAGCAAGGGCAUAAUCCACAGGGACCUGAAACCACAGAAUAUCCUCCUGUCUUAUUCUUCUCGGAAGAAAUCUGCUUUCAGUGGCAUCCGGAUCAAAAUUGCGGAUUUUGGCUUUGCACGGUAUUUACAUAGCAACAUGAUGGCUGCUACAUUAUGUGGGUCUCCUAUGUACAUGGCUCCUGAGGUGAUAAUGUCACAGCACUAUGACGCGAAGGCAGACUUGUGGAGCAUAGGGACUGUCAUUUAUCAGUGUCUUGUUGGCAAACCACCUUUCCAGGCGAACAGCCCGCAAGAUUUGAGACUGUUUUAUGAAAAGAAUAAAAAUCUUAUUCCAAGCAUUCCCAGAGAAACAUCUGCUUACCUAUCUGAUCUGCUGUUGGGAUUGCUUCAGAGAAACCAAAAGGACAGACUUGAUUUUGAUGCAUUUUUCAAUCAUCCUUUUCUUGAUCAGGUGUCAACAGUCAAAAAGUCAUGUCCGGUCCCAGUGCCUACCUAUUCUGGGUCAAGUAUUUCCGGCAGCUCCUGUGGAAGCUCCCCAUCUUGCCGUUUUUCUUCUCCCCCUUCAUUGCCAGACAUGCAGCAUAUCCAGGAAGAACAUUUGUCUUCCCCUCCAUUGGGUCCUCCAAACUACUUGCAGGUCUCCAAAGAUUCAGCCAGCACUAGCAGCAAGAAUUCCUCAUGUGAUACGGACGACUUUGUUCUGGUCCCACACAAUAUAUCUUCUGACCAUUCAUAUGAUAUGCCUGUGGGGACAGCUGGACGAAGAGCAUCUAGUGAGUUCUUAAUGUGCGGAGGGCAGUCGCCAUUAAAUACUUCAGGUGGCUCUGGUAAUGUGCAGAAACCUUCUUCCAGUUCCUCACGCUGUGGUUCUUCUGCUAUUACUGCCAGACAACCUCAGGUGUCCCCACGCAGUGAGUCUGCCCCUAUACCGGUCCCAACACAGUUACGGAACUAUCAGCGUAUUGAGCAGAAUCUCACAACUACUGCAAGCCCAACAUCAAAUCCGCAUGGAUCACCCAGCAGAUCUGGGGCCGUCAGGCGCUCUAAUACUAGCCCCAUGGGCUUUUUAAAGGUUGGAUCCGGCUCCCCCAGCUCAUCUGAAAUGGUACAGGCUAUUGGGCGACGUUUGUCCACAGGCUCCUCGCGGCCCUACUCCCCUUCACCAUUAGUUGGUACCAUCCCGGAGCAGCUUGGGCCUUGCUGUUGUGGACACGCCCAAGGUCAUGAAUCCAGAAGCAGGAACUCUUCCAGUGGUUCUCCGGUGCCACAGUCUCAGUCACCACAAUCCCUGUUGGGUGCCAGACUGCAGAGUGCGCCCACUCUAACUGACAUCUACCAGAACAAACAGAAGCUGAGGAAGCAACACUCAGACCCUGUUUGCCCAUCAUAUGCUGGGCAUGGAUUCAGCCACUCUCCACAGCCACCCCGGCCUGUUAGUCUUGGUGCUUCUCCCACAAAACACAUGGGAUCAUCUCCAAGAAGCUCAGAAUGGUUGUAUAAAACUCCAUUACCCACCAUCAUUGGAUCUCCAACCAAGGCAACUGCUCCAUUUAAGAUCCCUAAAACACAAGCGUCAUCGAACCUGCUGGCCCUGGUCACUCGUCAAGGACCUGUAGACGCUCCGGUACAGGUGAAGGAUUCCAGUGAGCCGCGAGACUUCUCUCACUUCCACUGCACACAUGGGGUGGAAAAGCAUCUGCACACAGAGCUUGGCAAGGCCACAUUUGGGAGGUCUGUAAGUGCUGGGAAGCUGUCUGACCAGACAGGGAGGACGGUGCUUGGUGGUCAGCAUUACCAGGGUAGCACAGACAGCCUCAAUUCUGAACGUCCUAUGGACACAGCUCCUGCAGCAGCCGGUGGGAGUGCACUUACUGUCCCUUCAAUGGGUUCCAGAGCUGUGAUGUUUACAGUUGGUUCCCCUCCCAACAGCACUACACCCCCAACCUGUACUCACAUGAUGAUGCGGACACGGACCACCUCAGUUGGAUCAAACAGCUCUGGCGGUUCUUUGUGCUCCACCAGUGGGCGUGUUCACAUGGGCUCACCCUCUGGUAUUCAUAUGGGCACCUCCCCCCCUGGGGCAGAUUUUGCACCCAGCCUGAAGUAUAUGUCCUAUGGCACCUCUCCUCCCAGCUUGGAAGACUUCAUCACGUUUGAGGCCCCUGAACUUCCAGAAGAGACUCUGAUGGAGAGAGAACACACCGACACCCUGCGUCACCUCAACUUAAUGCUGAUGUUCACAGAAUGUGUAAUAGAGCUUACAGCAUCCCGAGGGAGCAACAUAGAAGUCUGCAGCUCUGCUGUAUCCCUUUAUCAGAUUCAGGAGAGUGUUGUGGUUGAUCAGAUAAGCCAACUGAGUAAAGAAUGGGGGCAAGUGGAGCAGCUGGUAUUAUACAUGAAAGCAGCACAGUUCUUGGCAUCAUCCCUGCAGCUUGCCAAAUCACAAAUCAAAUCUGGAAAGCUGACCCCUUCUACUGCUGUAAAACAAGUUGUGAAGAGUAUGAAUGAGCGAUAUAAAUUCUGCAUCAGCAUGUCCAAGAAAUUGACAGAAACGUUGAAUCGGUUCUUCUCAGAUAAACAACGAUUUGUAGAUGAAAUUAACAGUGUCACUGCCGAGAAACUGAUCUAUAACUGUGCAGUGGAGAUGGUUCAGUCCGCUGCAUUGGAUGAGAUGUUUCAGCAAACCGAGGAUAUUGUGUAUCGUUACCACAAAGCAGCACUACUGCUAGAAGGCUUAACGAAAAUUCUACAGAGCCCAGCAGACAUUGAAAAUGUACACAAGUAUAAAGCAAAUGUGGAGAGUCGCCUGUCUGCACUCUGCUAUGCAGUAUAUGAAUAGUGGCUACCCACUGGACCAGGCAGCAGCAAAACAAGGGACCACUUAGCUUAGUACUUUUAGUUUUGUCUGUUACUCUACGUAAAACAAAAAGACAAAUGGAGGAACCAAAAUCUCUUCUAGCUUUCCAAGGAAAAUGAAAUAAAGCAGAUAAUCACAUUUCAAGAUGGAGUAUACAGAAGAGCUGCCUUAGUUUAUUAAACUUAUUACCCUCGCCUACUCCAACAGGAAAAAAACAGGCCUUUCAGUGUCAGUGUGGGAUGGAAAGUAAUGCUGAUCUCAAUACAUUAUAUUCAUGGACAAGUUGCUUGGAGAACUGAAGAGUGAGUAGUGAACCAUUCACAGUAGUGAAGCAGCUACAGACUAUGGUUUAGAAUGGAUAUUUUCUGGUGUUUCCUGUGCAAGAUUCUAGGAAUGCAUCAUAAGAAAAUGAGGGGAUAUGCACUUUAUACUGAGUAGGAGCAGAAAAUAAAAUUCAUCUAUGUGAAAUCCCCAAAUAAUGUAACUGUUCUUCUUUGAUGUGGAUUCAUUAACUAAUCUAAUUUUAAACCAAUUUAUUUUGCACUAAUUUCCUAAAACUGUAAAUGAAUUAUCCUUUAAGGAACUCUUAUACAAAUGGCACAAUGGACUUAUUGAAAAAAAAUAUUUCAUUGUAUGUAUCAAAGACAUGUUUAGACUUUAAAUAUGUAUCUUCCUGAAAACCUUACAAACUGUACAAGAAACUUGUACUUGUGAACUUUUUUUGUACCUAUUUGUCUAAUACUUGAUUACUCAAUCCUACUACAUUUCUCUAUGGCAUUUAAUUUUGCUGGUAAUUGCUUUAUAUGCAAGUAGGGUGUUGCUUACAUUGGUUGUGCAUGUGACAUGUAUAUAGAAGCCUGUGAUCUCUUCUGGGUGUCUUACUAACAACGUAUAUAUGUACAUUUCUUUAAUGGACAGUGUUAGAGAUGAAAACCAAUACUGUACACUAGAAUUGUGUAUGUGAAACUACUACCGUUGUAGGUAUUAGACAGUGGUCUCUACUAUACAUAUAUCUCAGUGUCAACAGGAAGGUCUGUUUGACACAAAAAAUACUAUGCCCACUAUGGCUUAAAAAUUUAAACAAAAUAAAUGUUAAAUACAUUGGCAAUAAAAUGCCAACCCAUGAUACAGAAAUACCUAAUAAAAAAAGCAGUGCCAGUUACUUGGUUCACAUUAUGUAUCUCAUGUUUUUUUCAUAACCUUCCUGAACAAUUUUAAAGAAUUUUGGUUGUGAUUGCAAUUUAACGAUAUAUUUUCAGGGUGUAUAUAGCUCUAACACCCUUGUAAUAAUAUAAUUAAUAAUUAUUUGUCCAAAUGCAUUGUAUAUUUCUUAGUAAAAAUAACAUUUUACCUUUCAUUGGAGUUUUCGUGGAAGUCAGCUAUAGGUAUUAAGUGAGCACUUUAUUGGUAAUAUACUUUACUAAAAGGCAGUACUACUUCAAAUUGCCAUAAAGUUAGAGACAGCUAUUGACAGCUAUUAGAUUAAUGAAUAAUACUUUUACGCAAACACUUUUGUCACCUAUAAGGUCCUAUAUUUUGAAAGGUCAGAAAAGUAAGGGGGAACCCUGUGCACGUUAAGCAUCUAGCUUGCCCAGAACUCUUAAUCCUCCUAUCAGUGCUCAAGCAUUUCAGCAGCACGUUCCUCAGAACAACUCAUAUAUUUUUAUACUAUUUGUCAUUUGUUAUGUUUUUGUUUCUUACAUAUUUUAAUACUUGAAUACAACUUUUUUUUUUUUAAAUCAGCUGAUCAAUCUUUCAAUACCAGAUUUAGCUGAGAAGUGAUAACAACGCUACAUAGCUCUACUGCACCAAUAUUCUUUAAUAAGACAAUGUGGUUUUUUUCUUUACUUGACAUCCAUUUUUACAUUAUUUAUCUGAAAUUCUGCCAAUUAAUUUGGAAGUGUUUAUUUAUAUACUUGCUUGUAAUAUAUAAAGAUGCAUACAUAUGCAUUUAUAGGUCUUUAAUACCGUGUUUCUACCUCUUGUUUGUAAAACUGCAUGCGUUAUUCUUGAAUCUAAGUAACAACUCACUGAACUGUUGCAAAAUAGCCUUUUAUUAUGGCUUGUAUAAAUGUAUAUUAAGUAAAAAAUAAAAGCAAGAAAAAAA